AUGUCUAAACAAGCAAAUCGUCUCCCAGAUUUAGACAACCACAGUUUUAGAGACUCUAGAUAAAUCCAAGAAUUGAGAAGGAAACUAGACGAACAAAAAGAAGCUUUAAAAGAACUGGUUAGUCUAGUCAAAGAAUCCAAGACGGAAUCCUUAAAACCAAAAUUUACCCCUUAGUUCCGAUUGCCUAAAUCCGAACAAGAAUAAAUUACAUUUGAUCUUUUAGAAGAAGUGAAAACUCUAAGAAGAUAGAUAAAUAACAUUGAAUCUGGACCAAAAAGCAAUCCCAUAUAAAAUCCUAUUAUAAUACCCCAAUAUCUACCAACCCCUUAACAACCUCUAUUAUAACCUUUGCCUCCUUACAUGUAUAUGAACCCUUAUUUUCAAAUGCCUUAACCAUUUAUGCAUUAGCAACCUUAGAAUCAAGCACCUAAAAAAAAAGUAGAUCCCUAUAAAAAGUUAGUUCUAAAGAUAUUAUAAAAAGGGGAAAAAUAAAAUCAUCGGAGUAGAAGAGACUCGAAUUAAAGUGAUUAUUCAGAGGAUUCAAAUGAUCGCCCAAACUCUAGACCGAACAGACAUCGUUCACAAAGAGAUAAAUCAAAGGAUAAAGCUCGUGAUUUGUCAUAUUAACAUAAAACAAGUAAAGGAUCUCUGCAUGAUAGUUAUGUGAGCAAAUACACUAGAUCAUCAGUUAAAAUAAAAACAAAGAAGCCUAAGGAAUUUACACAGGUAGAGAAGUUGCAAUUGAGAAGAAAACUUAGUGGAACAUUUUGGUUUAUACGGAUUGGAUUGGUCUUAAGGAAGUAUCUAAGAAGAGUAUGGUUAAAUAGAAGACAACAAUAUUAUGAAAAUGAAGCAUAAUAACUAAUAGAUAAAUUUGAUCAUGAAUUUAACCAUAAAGAAGUAUUCAUAUUGCUUGUUGCUGAAUGUAAUAAAAAUAGAUUAUUUAACAAAAACUGGAAUAUUUAUGAUAAUAGAGAUAUUGAAACAAAAUCUAAAAUAGUUUUUUAAAUACUUACCAUCUUAUUUAAAAAACUACCAUUUUUGACCAAGAAUUCAUUAAGCGAAGAGCAUAAGUAAUUUGUAAAGAAAAUCUCAUCUCCAGGGGGAUUCUUAUUACCAGGACAUCCUAAAUUUGUAACUGAUAGAGUGUAAUUGAGACCAAAUGUUACUAUUGGAUAAAUUAAUGCUGAAGUAACUAAAAUGAUUUAAAUGGAUUAUGUUUAUAUAUAGGUCAUUGUGCAAAAGGUUUUACUUAUUCACGAAUGGUAUUCAUAAUUCAAUAAAAUCCCAAAUCACAAAGAAGCCAUGAAAAUAUUGGUUUCAGUUUUGCAUUAAUUGUUUAUUGAUUAAUUUAGUACUCUGAAAGUUUAUGAGAAUAAUGACGCCAUUUAUAAUAAAUAAUAAGUAGUUUUUUGUGACUUUACGUAAUUCAAUUAUGUGGAUAUUGCUAUCACUAUUGAUGAUAAGCACUUUAAAUACGAAGUGACUACAGAUUGCUGCAUUUUAGGAUUAGCUACUAAGGAAGAAUUGCAAUAAUUAUAUGAUCAAGCUGGUUAUAAGGAUUUAUAGACUACGUUCAAAGAGUAUUGUGAUUAUUUUUAUUCAUAAAUUAACUUUUGA